CAUCUCAAAAUGUCUGCAACGCUUCACCCGGAGUCGGGGUCAACCUGCAGAGAUAUCAACCAACCCCCAAUCACAGCAUCUCCGCAGGAUCAACAGACCACGGCCCCAACCACCGAGCUCCAACCCCAAUCAGAUCUUGUCGCUGAUACGUCCAUCCCUUCUGUCCAUGAUCAAACACCCGCGACCCAGGCCCAGAACCACCCCGCAACUGGCUCAAGUGGCGAAACUGAAUCCGCCCCCGUGACAACAUCACCUACAACCACCAACCCUCCUCAAGCCGACAACGCACCCGCUGUCGUGCUGGCACACACCACUACACCGCCUUCAAUGGAUACCGAAGAGCCAAAGACUGCGCCCGAGACCUCAACGGAGCACUCCGACGACGGCUCUGGGAAGGAACUCGAGGAGGAUACCGAUGCUGGUCCGUCGCUGGUGAUUACGCUGUUGUUGACGACGGGGUCGCGACACCCGUUCACUAUCGAUGGGAAAUAUCUAAAGAAGCGAUCGGUGAAUGUUGAGAACUACGAUCCGUUCUUGAUGAGCGUUUACACCCUUAAGGAGUUGAUCUGGCGCGAAUGGAGAUCUGAUUGGGAAACCCGUCCUUCGUCACCGAGCUCUAUCCGUCUUAUUUCCUUCGGGAAGUUGUUGGAUGAUAAGUCGCCUGUUUCUGACUCCAAGUUCAGCAAGGAGCAUCCAAACGUCGUCCAUAUGACUGUCAAGCCCCAAGAAGUCGUCGACGAGGAAGACGCAAAGGGAGCAAAGGCACAGUACAGCCGGGAGCGCGAAGCCAGUGAGCGCAGCCCCGGAUGUCGAUGUGUGAUUCUAUAAUCUCGC